UAUUUCCGGUGUGCGUUUGACAUUUCAGCUCGUCGCCUAGAAACGGUGGUCAGCAGCUGCCUUUCAAACUGCAGAAGUGAAGGGAAAUGAAGAGGGACUGUAAUAUCAAACAUGCUUUAUGCGCCUUGUGUCGGGUUUUGUCUUUUUGCGGGUGUGUGUCGGAUCCGGAGACUUUUAGAAAAGCAAAGUUUAACCGCCCAGAAGCAGCUUCGGAGUUCUGGAAACUUUUGCACUGCUUAUUAAUACAAACCUACUCAAGAAGGGACCAUUCAUCAGUUUCAAGGAACGGAAAAGAAACUAAAGGGAACGAAAUUAGAUAUGUUAAAAGUUUACUGCAGAUUCAAGGCUAUGGCCGACCCGCUUUUUAUGAACUCGCAGAUGAUGGCACAGAAGGCAGCAGGGAAAUAUUACUAGCAUUCUCAUGGCUCUUAUACACUGGAAAAAUACUUGAAAUAAUUUUGGAGAAGAACAGAGUUGAAUUUGGCAAUCGCAUUACAUUUUGCAUGUGUUCUAAAAACAUGGACUUUAAAGAGGAGGUAAAAGCUCUUAUAAAAUACACAAGCCAAGACCUAGAUGUUCGAUACCUUCAGUGGAUAAAUGGAAGACUUCGACUUGGCUGGCGAAACUUGCACAACGUUCACCUAGAAAAAUGCAGUAUGUUAUAUAAGAUUCAUUUAUAUACUCAAGGGUGCCAGAUUGACUGCUUAGCUCACCAUUUGCCUGCCUUGGAAACUGAGCUUGUCCAUCAUCCUGAAAUUUACAAUAAGUUAUUGCAGUGUUUGGAAUCUGAGGACUCUUAUCUAGAAGCUUACAUGGAAUGGAGACAUCUAGAAACGGUGUACUGGCAAUGGAUGGAAACGGUCUUUCAGUCUGCUUCGGAAGAUGAGUGCGUUACCUUGGCUCAAAAUGAGAUCAACUUGUACACAUUUUCUCAAAGCAAGUUUAAGCCUCAGAGAAAUCUAAUUUAUAUAAAGACGUUGCAUAAAUCGUUCUCUGAUGUGCAUGAUCAGUUCCAUCAACUAGUUAAACGCCAGAAUCUUACAUGGCAUGAACAGAUAAAAGAACUGAAAAGAUAUGUCAAGGAAAAAGAAACUAAUUUAUCAAUCAAGCAAAUAAAACAGGAAGUAAGAAAGAAAACUGAACACCUUAAACAGCAUGAACAAGUCAGCAAUGCACAUGGUUUAUUAAGAGUUGUCUUUAAAGAAAGCAAGUUUAAAGAGGCAAUACAUAAAGACUUUAAUUUGAACAAUAUUCAUGCCACUGACUUGAUUACAAUCCUCCAAGCAACUGCUACUAGAUUUGAGAUCGAAUUUCAAAAUCUACAGGAGAAAAGCAGAAAAAAGUUGGAUGUAAUGACUGAAAACCUUGAAGGGAUUGUUUGCAUCCCUUCUGCAACGUGCUAAUUUCAAUUGACAAAGUACUGUACAAAAACCUCCAGUUGGAUUUAUAAUGGCAGUCCAAGAUUCAGUUUGUUUAUUCACCAAUAUAUUUGCUUUUUUAUUAAAACUAUUUUUUGUGAAUUA